ACCGCCCCACCACACCGAGCCCUCCGUUUCGUACGGUCCCCAAAAAUCUCAAUCCGUCUCGCUUUCUCUCUCCUCCUCCCUUCUCUCUCCUAACCGAAGAGGAGAGGGGGGGACGAAGAAAACCUCGCGCGAGGGAUCGCGGGAGGCGGAGGACCCGUGGCCGGUGGAGGUGGCUCGCGCCGGCGCCGUCCGAGAUGGAGUACAUAUCCCCUGAGAGAAAUCUGGAGGGGACUUGUGGAGAUCCUGGGCCAUUAUUUGGAGACCAAGAUAGUAGCCUGUUGGACCACUUGGAUUAUCAGGGAGGAGGAAUUCCACAGCAUGAGUCUCCAACACUGGAUGAUGGACUUUUAGUUGAUCCAGCUGAUGCAAUUCCGUAUUUAUCCGCAGACUCUCUGCCCUUCAUGAAUGAUCAAAUCACAUGCAAUGUUAUGAAAUCUGCUUCAACUAGUCCAGAAUCGUCGCUGAAGCAGGUUCAAGAACCUCUUAAUGUUGAGUCUGAUAUACAGAAUGAUGCACCUGAACAAAAUGUUCAUGAUAGUAACUCUGAAGAACAGGUCGCUUCUGUGGACUGUGAUGUACCUCAGAACACAGAAGUGAUUGGUGCAGUGCUGCCUCCAGAGCUUCCUGAAAGCAGUGGUAAUGAUACAUCAAACUUUCAACCAGAAGCUGCAGAUUCUGAUGUGUAUCAUGGUGACUCUUUGCUAACUGAAAAUAGCAAUAAGGAUUGCCAGCUUAACAAUAGCAGUGCUGCUGCUGAUGAAAUUCCAAACUCUCCUGCGCUUCAGUUGGAAAAUGAGGACAUGGAAAAGUUACAUGAGACUUCUCACAAUGAAAAGAGUGGGUCAGAGGAUGAUCAAAUGAAUGGUAGGAAAUCUAGCCCCAUUGAUGGUAGGGAUAAAGAGAACUUCAACACUUCAGCUGAACCUCCCUCUUGGGUACAGAUAGAGCAGGAAAAUCCUGGUACUAGAAAUGGCAGUUCCACUCCUGAUAAUCGUUUUGAUUCGCCUCCCGACAGGUUUGCAAGACUGGAAAGGGACACACCGUCUCCUGAUGGGAGGGUAUCCCCUGAUAGGUUCGCAAGACUAGAAAGGGAUACACCGUCUUCAGAUGGAAGGGUAUCUCCUCCAGUCAGAAGUCCAAAUGCCCAUCAUUCCGAGAAGAUUGAGUCACAACGUCAUGCCAAAGAUGUUGCUGAUUUAGCUCAUUCUGAAAGCCCGCCAGAAAGACGCCGGUCCCGAUCUUCUGAAAAGCAUGAUCCCAACCGCAAAAGAGCUUCUUCAAGGGAGUUGUCUCCGCAUGGACAGAAAAGACGGAGAGAGUCUCGACAUGGUGAUAGGUCACCACGGCGAAGAUCUGCAUCUCCCCGAAGAAGAUCUACACCCCCUAGAAGAAGAUCUAUAUCCCCUCGAAGAAGAUCUAUAUCUCCUCGAAGGUCCUCACACAAGAGGGACUCACCAAAGAGGGGAGACUCACCUAGGAGGAGGCACUCACCUAGGAGGAGGGAUUCACCAAGGAAGAGAGACUCACCAAGGAGGAGGGAUUCACCAAAGAGGAGAAGGGACUCCCCAAGGAGGAGGGAUAGGUCAAAAUCAAGGUCACCUUCAAGAAAACAUGAUAGACAUAGAAGGGAACAUGAUAGAUCUCGGUCAAGGUCUCCCCACCCAAGGGAUCACCACAGACGAUCUCCAAGAAGGCAUUCACCAAGGCGCAGAUCACCCUCAUCAAGCCAUCGGCAUCGUUCACCAAGAAGGCAUUGGUCACCACCUGCCAACAGGAAGACUGGACUGGGUAAGCCUGGAAAGAAUCUAUUCAUUGCAGGAUUUAGCUAUGCCACCACCGAGCGAGAUUUAGAGAAGAAAUUUUGCAAAUUUGGACGCGUAACAAGUGCGCGUGUUGUCCGCGAUAAACGAACUGGAGAUUCCCGGGGCUUUGGAUUCUUAUCCUUGGAGAAGGAUGAGGAUGCUGAUGCAGCAAUUCGUGCUUGUGACGAGACUGAGUGGAAUGGUAGGAUCAUUCUUGUGGAGAAGUCGAAGGCACCUACAUGGUGAAUCAUCCACCUUGGAGCUCGUACACCACCUUGGAGCUCCAUGCACCAUUGUUCAUGAGGGACCUCAUUGCUUCACUUUGCACAGAUUUUACUGCUCAGAAAACGUAACCUAUUAUCGGUAUGACAUACUCGGUACAUGUCGCAAGAUCACUUGAACCUGGCUUUUGAUGCUGUACUAGGAGUAAGAGUAAUAAUGCACUUCCUUGCUGACAGUUAUAAAAGAAUAAGAUGUAAUGUCACGCCUUAGCUUGUUUCAGGGCCCUGCUGCUGAUAAGAGGGACUUAGUGGGUACUACCUUUUAGUGUCUGCAACCUCUACACCUGAAAUGCUAUACUGUGCCAGUUGGUGAGCUAUCAGUACCCUUCUUCGACUUCGUCUUGGACUCGGGUUUGCUGACGGCACAAGUCAAUACCAGGAGAUUCAAGCUUGUGAGGCUGUUACUUGUCAAGGAUUAAGUUAGUAGUUUAAUAAUCGAUAUAUAUAGGCUUUAUAUGUUUGCAUCCUCUGAGUGGGGGGUUUAACAAGUGCCCUAUAGUUUGUGUUUUCAAUUCCAGAUGGUUGGUGUUAAAUAUGGUUGCCGCGUUUAGACUCGUCAUGCCUUUUCUGCUGACAUGGUUCUUGUGCCUGUACUAAAGAAUAUAUCUGUCUGUUCACGCGAAUCGAAUUUGAACUUGGAUGCCAGUGUUCAUUUGUU